AUGAAGUUCCUGUUGACUGGUCUUCUGGCUCUCCUGCCCUUGGCGCUGGCUGCCAAGUCCCUCAAGUCCGUCGUCGUCACCUUCCCCAACGGUACACCUGCUCGGGUGAUUGACCAGGCCAAGGACUCCCUGGUGGCUGCGGGCGGUGUGAUCACCCAUGAAUACCAUCUCUUCCCUGGAUUCGCUGCCGAAGCUCCCGUGAAUGCGCUCCAGACGCUCUCGACCCAGGACGCCGCCUACAAGCCCACCAUCGAGGAGGACAAAAUCGUGACUGCGAAUGGCGACUACGUCGGUCAGGAGCACUCUUUCUAG